AGUGACGACAAGUCGAAAACGACAGCCGCGACGGCGCGACGACAUCGCGAUUCGUGAAUUAUUGGACGAUAUUCGUUUAAGUCGUGACGAAUUCAAGUGGCGCCGAUAGCAUAAUAUUAAGCGACAUCACGUCCUCCUUAUUCUAUGAAUCAAUAAGAUCUGUGUUUAAAUUAUUAUUAAAGAUCGUAAUCCGAGCUGCAGCUACUCUACAACACAGACUGUGACGACCACUCGACACUCGCUGAUAACGAGUACGCGAUAAUAACAACAAAAAUAAUAACAAUAUUAUCAUCGUCUCGUCUCAGGUCUCACGUUACGCGUGUCCGUCGCGACCAGCGAAUCACAACAAAAAAUAUCGUCGUCGUCGCUGCCGCCGCGAAUUCAAGUCUUUUCUUCGGUGCGUGCGGCGGGUGCACAGCAGGCGUAGGUCGAGGAAAAACGCAGCGGGGACCGUCGAGACGUCGAGUGGCCGACGGACGCGCGCCCACCAACUUUACACGAAUCUCGAGGACGCGACGGCGCACGCACGAAAAAUGCGUCGUCGUUAAGACUCUGUGGCCCCGGGAACGCACGCACGCUGGCGAUGUCAUAGCGCCGCCGAUUCAGUGAUGCGCUCGCUCGCGUGAUUUACAACCAUUAUCUCUUGGCCUGACCCGUGUGUCGGCCUUUUAACCUCGAGAUUACGUCCAGACGUUGAUAGGGCCGAUAGCGAUACGGUCGUCGUUGGACGGCUGGCGUUGCGCACAAUGUGUAACCGACGCCUCGCCACGGUCCGUUGUCUGUCCGCUGACAGUGCUCCUUGAUUUUCGUUGAACGAUGCAGGUACCUACGUGCAGCGAUACUAUGACGCCAGAGUCGGCUGACAACGGUCUGUGUGACAAGUCCAUAACGCUCCGCAAGCACCGCAAAAAUAUAUUUAAUAAAUCAGCAUUGAGGAUGGUAGCUGCAGAAAUGACAAGUAAUCAAGAUAAAGAUGUCACACAAGUGCAAUACAUAGAUAUCAGUCCUGACUUUCUAACGACUGGACGAACCGGUAGAAGGAACGCAUUGCCAGAUAUACUAGGUGAACAUAAACUGACGUCCACAGCUGACUUACCCGACCGAUUGCAAGCUCUUACAACAAAUGAGGGAGCUGGGACAAGUAAUAUGCAACCAUCAACAACCAGUAGCGAUUCAGACAUGACUAAAACACAAAAUGCAACAUGUUGAAUGACAGCAUAAAAAUGAAAAAGUUAUAAUCUUCAGCUACUGUAUGUUCUGAAGGUAAAAUGAAACAAAGUAAACACACCUAUAUUGGCUAGAUGUUAUAGCCUCAAAUAUUUUUGAUUUGAGCAGAAAGCUACCUAAUAGUUUUAAUGUACUCCUAGUCUCCUAACAAUCAGACCAAAGCAUAAAAGUACUUUUAUUUUAAAUGAUUAAUUUAGUUCCAUAAUUUUAUUUAUUUUAAUCGAAUGGUUUUGUUCCUCUAUUCAUCAAUUGACUGUAUGUAAUUUUUUUUCUUUUUGUGUAAAAUUUUUUUUGUGAAAAACAAUUUUAGUAAAUAUUUAUUUUCUUAGUUAUAGAAAAUUAUAUUUUGUCCUAAACUGUGUCCUAAACCUAAAUUAUAUGAUUAUAUUUUAAUAUUUUAUGUUGGAAUAAUGUAUUUAAAAAUAAUAAUAAUCAAGUUAACCGCUUUUAAUCAAGUAUAAUAAGAGUAUACAUUUUAUUUGUUAAACAAAUAUAUGACUAAAAGAAUAUUAUAUUCUAGAUAGCUUAAAAUUAAACAGUUUAUAACAUGUUUACUGAUAUUUUUAAGCAAAAUUCAUAGCUUUAUCAAAAAAAAAUAUUUAAAUUAAAAUGUUUAGAAAACAGAAAUAAUGACUAUAAAAAAAGAUAUAUAGGUAAAUAGCAGACAAUAAACAACAAUAAACAUUUAGUAAAAUGUAAAAAAAAAAUAGAAUAGUUUAGUGUUGAUAAUAAUUACACACGGUCAGGUUGUGAUAUUUUAAAUGUUUUUCCUACUCAAUAUUUUUCUCAUUUAAUCAUAUUUUAUUUUUCUUUAUUUUUAUAAAUUUCACAUAUAAAUAUUCCCUUUUUUUUUCAAAGUUAUUUAUAUUGCGCCCAAAAACUAUUUAAGCUUAUAAAAAUUAGUGAUGACUAAACCCGAGUAAUAAAAUAUAUAUUAUGAAAUCUUAAGUAAAUUAAAUUACUUUAUUCCUUGUGAAUAAAUACAAACAAAAUUAUUUUGAUGUUCAUAAAUUACCAAACUUAAAAUUAUAAUUUAGAAGUAUUGAAGUAUUACUAAAUAAUGUAUUUUAGAAGAAUGACUGAUCAUAAUUUUAAAACAGUUAAAUAUUUCUCAAAAAAUACCUACUUUUAAAAGUUUAGUGUCAUUAGUUCCUGAUUUUUGUUGAUUUUUAAAUUAAAAAUAUUGAAAUAUUGUAUAAUAUAUUUAUGUACGUAGACAAUUAUUUCUUCGGAAAUUUUUUGUUUUCAAACAAAUAUUUUUUAAUUUGUGUUUCUGUUGAAAUAACAAUUUCCUACCAAUUUUGGUCCAAAACAUAUGUGUCUUAUAGUAUAUUUUUUAUACGGGAAUAAAUACUAUACAUCUUAACGAUUAAUACUAAUUAUGAUAAAUUUGAUACAGAAUUAAUAAGUAGGCAUAGAAAUCAUUUUGUCCAACAUUCCAAUAAAAUCAAUUGAAUAAGAAACAUGAUUCUUGGGAAUUGCAUUAAAUAAACGCUGUACUACAAUAUUACUUAACGACUUUAAAACCCAUGGUGUAUGUAUUAGUUUAUAAUUAAAUGUCAAGUUAGCAACCUAAAAAUAAUCUAGUUAUAAUCUACAUUACCUUUUAAUUGUACUUAACAAUAUUCUAUAAUAUGAACACAAAGAACAUAUUAUUUCCAGUAAUGUUGAAAAAACUACCAUGAAACACACUUAAAUGUACCUACUUUUUUUGUUCCUAUCAACUUAUUUAAACUGUAUUCAUUUAGAAUAAUAAUCCAAAAACCUGAGUUAAAUUAUCUGAAAUAUUAAUAAUUGUAUUUUUUUCCAACAAAUUAUUUUAUUAAGUUUAUUUAGAGUAAGCUAAGCUUGUAUUAUAUUUUUCUGAUAAAUUUGAUCAAGGUGAUGUUGUUGAAAAAAGAGAAUUUGUGAAGUAAAUCUACUUUGAAAAUUAUUUAUGUUAAAAAAAAAUAAUAUUUGUGUAUCAAUUAUAGGAUCACUAAACAAAAUUGUUGUCAUAAGUUCUGACAUCAUAAGAUUUUUAAUUAAAGACAUGGUUUGUGGUUAGUUAGUUUAUACUAUGACCAAAAUGUCAGGAUUGUUAGAACGUAAUUUACUGGAUAUUAUAACUAGUAUAGACAAAUAAUUAAUUCAAAUCACUUAGAAAAACUUAAAACCAAAAUACAGUGUUUAUAUAUUUGCCUAUAAACAAAAUUAUAACCUAUUUUUAACGAAAA